GAGACGAUGAAAAAUAUUUGAAAUUUGAAUUUUGGAACGGUACCAUCCUUUUGGGCGUAAUGGCUUUUCAAUUAAUCUUUACCUGCUCAUUAAUUGUUGGCUGCUUCUCGGCAAAGUUUUUAUUCAAUGAAAUGCGACUGUUAACAAGACAACUUGAAUAUACUAUUCUGGAGGAUGGCGUGUAUUCGAACAUAUUCCUAUAUAUGUUUAGCUCGGAUGAAAAUUUCCCACAAUUGAUCUCUGACGUAAUUGACGAAGGUAAAAAUGUUGGAUCUCUUAAUUUGGCUGGUGUUAAUGCGUUACCGAGUAAUAAACAAGUGGCAAUAAUUUUUUACCAAGGCACGUGCCCAACUUGUUUUGUUGCCUUUAACGACCUAGUUGAAGGAAAUAUUCAUGAUUCAAUUGUUGUUUCACCAAUUGAAAAUGAUGCCAAUAAAUUUUCAAGCAAGCUGCCACAAUGGAACAACAAAGUCUUGUAUAAUUCUGGUAGUUUGGAAUUAUCCAGAUGUUUUUCAACAAGUCCUAGUGUUCCCGAUUAUUGGUUUAGUGGAAGGACUGGAACAUUUUUGGCUCCAAAUGAUUGUCCUGCAGAAGAUCCAAACGCAGGUGGCGAUCCUCAUUUCUUGCAAAAAGUAUUCGAUGGGAAAACUAAACAGUUGACAAACAUUUGCUAUGACGUGUUUGCAGAAAGCAACGAACUCAUUUCUAUUCUCCAUGAUAACUUAACCAAUUCAGACGUUCAAGGUGUCCUAAAAGACGACUACUAUAUGCAUCAGAUUAUAAUUAGAUACAAAGGCGGAUUGAUUGUCGUUGAUUCAUCAUUUAUUAUGUUGAACAACCACAAAUUGGAAUGGGCUGUAUCUAAAUACAAUUUCGACAAUUUAGUAAUCGCAGUGUCAAAAAGAGAAGUGUCUAUUCAGACAUCGUACAAAAAUUUCAAGCUGACUACAAUAGUUCGCCGAGAAUUCAAACAACAUACCGGCUCUUUUCUCAAUGUCUUUUUCGAGGGCAUGGACGCGUUUUCUGGCCGAUACAAUGGCCUAAUAGGAGAUAUUGGAAAGAGGAAAUAUAUUAUAAAUGAUGGUAUCCAAUCGAAUGGCAAAAGUGUUUGGCUUGAUGGUGAUACGAUUAUAGAAGGCAGGGUUACUAAAAGAUUUUCAAGUGAAUGUAUUCUUCUACCAGUAAACCAGUUGUUGCAUCCAAAGAAACUAUCCGAUUAUGUUUAUUAA